ACAGUUGAUUGGCAGGUAUCUGAGGAAUAUAUCAUUUAUAUAUAUAUUUUUUUAAUUUUACCUUGAAAUAAUGAUACGCAUCACAUGAAAGACCUGCUUAUAUAAAUGUCUUGGUAAAUAAAGAUCUUAAUCUAAUUCCCUCAUUGGUUUAGAUCAUGAAGGUUCUUCUGUCCGUGGUGCUCUUCGUAGCAGCUGCGCAGGCCAAGUCCGUGGCGGACUUGUCAGACCUGCAGUUCGUCCACAAGUACGUGACCCCGAACCCCCGCCACACCGCGGAGGAGUGGGAGGCCAUCUACGCCGCCGCCGAGGCCGACACUCCAGAGAACACCACUGGACUCGUGCUGGGGACAGUCCCGCAACCUGAGGAUGCCGGGAAGGCGUACGUGAAACACGAGGAGGAGCGCAUCAUCGCCGGCACGGCCGCUGCCCUGGGGCAGUUCCCCUGGCAGGCGAUGAUCAUCCUGGGAGGAACCAGCCUGUGCGGCGGCUCGCUCAUCUCCAGCGAGUGGGUGCUCACGGCCGCCCACUGCGUGCAAGGGAUCAGCAGCUUCAGCGUGACCUUGGGCUCGACCAGCAUGACCUCGCACCAGGCGGGGGCAGUCUCGCAGGCCGCCAGGCAGGCGGUCAGCCACUCCGGCUACGACGAGAAGACCCACCAGAACGACAUCGGCGUCCUGAGGCUGUCGUCCGCCGUCGCGCUCGGAGAUCACAUCAACGCGGUGAGACUGCCCCGUGAAGCCCAGGCCAGCACCACCUUCGCCGGAUCAGCUGCCGUGAUCAGCGGCUUCGGGCGUAUCAGCAGCACAAACAACGAGGUAUCAGGAGCACUGAUGUACGCCAGCGUGGAAAUAAUAGCAAACACUGCGUGCGCUCGAAUUUUCGGCAGUAUUAUCCAAGCCGGCCAAGUCUGCAGCACCGGUGCCAAUGGGAGAAGCCCUUGUAAUGGCGACAGCGGCGGUCCCCUGGUCGUGAGGGAGGCUGACGACAAGUACACGCUGGUGGGGGCCGUGUCCUUCGGCGUGGAGGACUGCCCCGCCAACUUCCCGGCGGUGUACGUGCGGACCAGCAAGUACCUGGCCUGGAUCUCCUCCAACACGGGCGUCGCCGUCCGCGCCUGAGCCAACAACCUCCCGUGUGGAAUCUCCGUCGCUCCGAGAAGCUUGUCUUUUUUAUAUAUUCAAAACACAAAAAAAAAAAAAAAUCAUCAAAUAAAAAAUAAUUAAGCUAC